UCUGUGGUUAUUCUAACCUCAAACAGUUGUCAAAAGUCAAAACAUUAUUUUUAAUUGAUUCUUUCUUAUUUAAUGAAUCAAAAUGCCUUCUUAUGAAUUAGCUUUGAUGUUGAAAGCUAUGCCUAAACCAGAGUUAAAAACAACCUUAACGCGAAUAUCUCAUGCCAUAUUUAACCGUGGUGGUAUAAUCCGAAAUAUUGAAAAUUUGGGUUUUAGAGCGAUGCCCUAUAAAACAAGCUCACACAGUUUAGUUCAUCGAGAAGCAAAUUAUUUUGUUUUCAAAAUAGACACCGCAACACAAGCAGUUGCAGAUUUAAAAGAAGAGUAUAGCAGGGAUGUGGAUAUUAUAAGACAGCGAGUAUAUAAAAUACCAGAUAAAGCGGACCAAACAUGUACAUUGGAACAAGAGCUCUUACCCCCUGCUUAUCGAGAAGAAGUUCAGAAGAUGAUUGAAUUAGGAAAGUCCCAAGUAAAUCGGUUUACCUAUAAAUUUAAAUAUAACUCUGGACUGGAUUAUUAUCCUUUCCAAAAGUAGUAAUUUCAGUAUAGUUUUAGUUUAGUUGUAUAUAAAUUUACAUAAUAAAUAUAGUUGGUAGUAUGAA